UUCUCAUCUUCUUCUACGUAUGAAGAGGCACAGAGGAUUCAGAUUGGGGCGGUGCCUCGGCCGAGUGUGGCGCCGCCUCUUCCCCCGCCGGCAUAAACACUACCUCCGCCUUGACCGCGCCGCCGGAUCCUUCUUGCAAUCGAGCCGCCUCUCGCAGACCUCGAAAACUACCUCAAAGUUCCGCCAUUGGGGCCUCCUCCUCACCCGCCGCUUCCGCCGGAAUCAAACCGGCGCGGAGGCCACGCUUCUGGCGGAGGAGCCAGAGGGCGGGCCGACCCCGAAGGGACACCUGGCCGUGUACGUCGGGUGCGAAAGGUACACGGUCCCGGUGAUCUACUUCAACCACCCUCUCUUCGGGGAGCUGCUGCGGGAGGCGGAGGAGGAGUUCGGGUUCCACCACACAGGCGGCAUCACUCUCCCCUGCCCCACCGCGAGGUUCGAAGACGUAAGGAAUCGGAUCGCCGCCGACAGCGACAGAUCCCGCCGUCGGAGCUAGCUUCCCAUGCCAUGCUGAUGCUGGAGUUCCUCUCCUCUUCGACAUCGUACUCAUCUCUCUUGUAACGCAGCUUCAUUAUAAUUUUGGAUGAAUCGACUACAACAAGAAAC